CUUCACAUACCGACAAGUGCCGCGAUUUGUUGCUAUCAAAGAAAUUUGUUUUUCGUGUGUUCUUAAAAUAGGGAAAUAAAGUGGACUGUAGAAAAAAUGAAAUAAUAUAAGAUGUACGCGUACGCAUUACAAUUAAUAAACAAACAAACCUACGCGCAUCAUGUCAGAUUCGAUUUCGGCAUUGUAUAGAGGGCAGAACCGAGCGAUUAACUUAUUUUAUUUAAAUUUCACGUGCUAAAUUCCGAAAACUAUUAUUUACAAAAUUGUCUCAAACGUUUUCUUUGCUUAAAACGCUGCAUCGUGAGCUAGUGGCGAAGUGUUGGUUGCUUCCCUCAAUACGCGGUGCUCAAUAAAUUUCAUAACACAAAAAUGCCCAGGCGAAGAACAGUAACUGGAGGAGCUUCUCGGAAGGAGUACGCUGCGGCCGAGGAGCGAUUACUUGACAUUUUCUCACCGCCAAACUCCGGCACAGCCGAAAAGACAACAAAUUCGGAUUUGGGUCAGACGUCAGCGGAAUCGACACUGGUGCAACAAUCCAAUGAGAAUGCUCAGGAAAUGGAUCCCUCACGGGACAACAUGCUGCCGUUUAUAUCGGAUGAUUCGGAAAUAUGCAGCCUGUUAGCUAACUCCGAUAGCAAUGGCUUCAAAGGCUUCGAGGAUACACAUCACGAAUACAGCGACACGUCUGAGGAAAGGGGCAACCCUUCACUUAUAUAUGGUAUGUUCCGCAAUAUGGAUAAGUUCAUUGAGGGCCAACCGUCGAGUCAUAGUUAUGUCAACACCCCAAUUACAAGUACGCCAAUAGCAGGCACAUCCGCCAAUUAUAUGCUUACAAAUGGCAACAUCAAUGUAGCCCAGUCGGAUCAGCCGAUCCAGGAGCAGGUAGCCCCCGAUUGCCAACAUGUUAUUGAACAAUCGCACGCCGAUUGCGUCAUUUAUGAUGAUGACAAUGUUGUGUUGUUGACGGAUGAUCAUUGCUGCGAGAUUAUUGUGGCUGCCCACGGUGUUCACACGGAUCAUGAAAUGGAGCGUGCUUACCUGAUGGGUCUGCAACCAGCAAACGAGCAGGAGCGUCUUAAUAAUGGCGUCAACUAUUGCAACGAUAUGUGUGCUGCAGAGGAGUUAGAGGAGCAUAAUACGGAAAGCCAUGUUUAUCUCAGUGAUGCGGCCCUGGAUCAACAGCACCAACAUCAGCAACACGUCCAGCACCACCAGCAGCAGCAGCAGCAACAGCAACUAGUGCUCGAUGGAGUCGAAGAGGAUCCAAAUCAGGCGAGUGACCCCUAUGAGGACGAUCGACCCGAUAUCUGUGAGGUGUACGACCACGAGCUGGAGGACCACGAUGACGAUUGCAUAGUGAAUGAGCAGGAGAACAAUUUGGAAUUGCAGCUUCAACAUGCUGCCUUGGGACAUCAUCAUCAUCAGCAGCAGCAACUGCAUCAUGAGCAGCAACUCAACAUUUCGAGCAGCAUGGAGGAGGAUCAGCAAGCUACAGCGGCUACAGUUACCGCUUCGGCUGACAUACCACACAGUAGCACAACAGAGUUCCCAGAUAGCUCCACGUCCAUGCCAAAUGGUAGCGACUAUGAUGACUUCGAUGAUGAUGUGGGCACAGCGGAGGAGCAAUCGCCGCCCAGGCAGCGGAAGUAUAUGCCUCUCUUAAAGAACACGCUCUCCGCUGAUGCGAUGGAUCGCCGGCUAGCUAAUAUACGCCAGUCGCAGCCGCAGCUGAGCCUCGAAGAGAAGGUGACCAGUUGGAAUUGUGCGCACAGCUGCGACGCUGUCGAGGAUGUGGAAAACUUUGACGCUGUGUUCAAACAGCACGAGGCUGAGCCAGCCAAGCAACAAACAUUUGGCGAAUUCUUUGAAUAUUUGCGACAAAAUUUCUUGAAAACAACGCAAGCCAUGCAAGAACAACCAGUGGAGGAUGCGGUGGACGCAAAUGUCGCGCCGGACACUCCUUAUUCCAGUGACGAUGCAGUCCGGCAAAAGCGGCCAUGCUAUAGACGGCUACUGCACACGGUGCCGGUGCAGCAGACCGAACUGAUUAUCCUCGAUGAUGAUGACGACGAUGAUUGCUAUGAGGUAAUGGUUAAUCCAUCAUCGACCACAUUAGUGCCCCAAUUGAGACGCAAAUCAGAUCAGCCAGUACGGACACAAAACUUCGUGUCGUUGCGUGUGGACACAAAAGAAACGUCUACGACAGACCUGGGUAAUUGUGAGCCGACCGCUGCACAGCAGGAGUACAACGAAUGCCACGAAUACGCUUCGAUUGCUAAUCAAAAUCACCAAGGCGAAACUAGGCGGCGUCAGCUGGAUGAAUCACUAUCGGGUUCCAGGGAGCAAGAUCAGAACCAUAUAAUGAUGCAACAGCAACAGGAAUCACAAAGUCUCUCCUCAGGUCGCGCACGUAGUGUGGAACUCCACAAUGAUACACAGUUCUAUGAGCAGCACGAGUUUUGCAAUUACCUUGGACUCACGGAGCUGGCAACGGCCAAUGCUGUGGCCAAUGCCAUGCGGGAGCUGGCCAACAGCAAUGUGGCGCGGCGCUCGUUGCGUGUGCGCACACAACAGCAACUGGACCGAAUGCGCAGCGAUGUUCGCGGCAAACGAAAAGAAAGGCAGCAGCAGCAGCAGCAGAAGCAGCAGCAGCAACAACAACAACAACAGGAACAACAACGGGUCCUGCAGCAGCAAAAUGACCAUCACGAUCAAAAACACGAUAUUCUAGAAGAGCAACGAUGCCAACAGCACCAUGAAAGCCUUAAUCAGCAGCUGGUCAGCGAUAAUAGCAGCACCAUCAGCAAUAACGCCAUCACAAUUAGCACCAAAAAUACGGGUCUCAGCGGCAACUCGAUGCCGCUGGCAGCAAGCAACUCACUCAUAUACCCAAGGCCGUCUGUAGUGGCCGGUACCCCUGUGGAGUACUACUACCAUCCUCCUCAGUCUGAUGAUCAGCAGCAGCAGCCUCAGGGCGCGUCUGACAGGGCUGCCAGCGACUAUCAUUCGAUGUCCUUGGAGGCGGCAUUUGCCAAGGUGUAUGCCUCGGCAGCACCAGCCCAAAAAGAGCUGCACGAGUGCAUGCAGAAUCGUCUGCGGCAGGCGCGCGAAACCAAGCCUUCCAUUUACAUUGUGAAGUCGUUGAAUAAUGCCACGCCGUCGCCGUCGCCUCCUGCGAAACCGGCUAUAAAGACCUCAACGACACCCUCGCCGGAGCGCCUGCAGCAGAAACGGAAACCCGAUCUGCCACCAGAGGCCAGGCCAUCGCGCAAGAUGCUUAAAAAGAUGAUGGAAAAGUCAGCGAAGCGUCGCAGAACCACCGGCGGUGGCACCAUCGCGACUACGCCGAACGAACGCGAUUUAGUUACGCGAUCGACGACGCACUUGAACUCGAAAUUGUUGCGAAAUCGCAAGGUGAGCCUGCUGAAGAGCUACGAGCUGACGGAUUUGGCGGCGAACGGACGAGGCAAGCGACUAGCCGGUGGCUCGACACCAGCUGCCAAAUCAACCAAAUCUCCGAAGAAAAAAGCCAAAAAGACGCCGCCGCCACCGGAGCAAGUGGUAAUCAGCUAUGGUACCUCGAUGAGUAAUCAUCCAGAGGAAUCGUCACCGUCUACGCCCAAGAAGCCGAGGCUGCCGGUAGUGGAACCGAAUGUCGUGGCUAGGCGAAAGCGUUUCCGUACCAAAUCUCUGCCAUCGACACGAAGUAAAGAAGAACCGCCGAAAGAAGCAGAGAACACUGACGUGGGUCCAACGGUGCCUGAAUUGAAGGCAAAGCUGCAGUUGCAACAACCUCCAAACCCGCAGAUGGACAUACACGACUUCAUCACGAACAACUCCAUUGUCAGUCCGCCGAUGUACAGUGCUGCAGUCCGUCAUUAUGUGAAUGUUCUGUGCCAACCCAAGGAUAUGGCACAGGCAGAACACCAGCAGCAACAGCAACAACAAUCGCCAAAGGCCCAAAGGCAGACACCACCGGAAGGCUUCUUUGAUGUCACCUCGUCCUUUGCGCAACUGAGCAAACCUUCGUUAAACUAUCCGCCAGCGACACCCCCAUCUAUACAGCGUUCGCCACACUUUUCUCGACGAAGUCGCCAAGUAGCUGGCACAGCACAGAACGCUUAUGUAUUCCAAACGCAAAACGUUCACCCAACGCAACCAGGUUGCCUUUUGUCGCUGACGAAAGGAUUGACCGAGCUACAAAACCCGCUGGCGGGAAAGAAUGGCAAGGUGCUUUACAUAUACUUUGAGCUCGAUCAGCUCAUUGUGGUGCAGGAGAAAUUGGUUUCGUUUUGGAAGUACUCGAAAAUUUUCAAUGUACUGCAGAAGGAUGAGGAUCCGGCGCAUCCACAACACACAUUUGGCUCGAACAUAAAUGAGAAAUCACGCAAAUUAUCAGCGGACUCAGAGAAGUCCACUGACAGCCUUACCCAGCGAUGGAUACCUUUGGGUGCAACACGUCGUCUUACCAACGACAUCGAAAUUCCCGCACCGUACGAUAAUCGCCUGUGCACGCACAACUCGACGCCCGUUUACAUUGAGAUGCGCAGCCAUCCGCUGGAUCAUCAUAAACGUGAGAGCAAUCUUUUGUCGCUGUAUGUGAAUGUCUACUACUACUGUGACGAGGAGCUGCGCCCCAAGAUGCACUCGGUGCAUCUUGAUGCAGUCAAUUGCGAAUCGAACCAGGUGAUCUACACGACCAUAACCGAGUCGCGCUACUUUGUUAUGGCCUGGCAGCAGGAUUUGAUGGUGGGCAAGCCGCGCGCUGGCAUCUGCAAGUACUCGCUGACACCCACGCUGGAUACACUAGCCAGCAUACGGGAGUUCAAGCAGCUACGUCACGAGUUGAAACACAUUGAGUGCCUGACGGAGGAUCGUUUGAUUGGUUAUGGGCAGACGCGAAUAACAAUUUGGGAUCAUCGAAGUGGUGAUACGUUAAUGAACUAUGACUUGGGCUUCGAUCUGGGACAGAAUCUGGGCGUUAUGCAUUUUCCAAGCUUUGAAAUGGAUCAGAGCAGCCUGCUUGUGUUGUAUCAACAUGUCAAGGAGCCGAACAAAUGGCCAGAAUUGCGUAUCAUUGCCUGCGAGCUGUCGCACGUCACGCCAACGCACCGCGUAUUGCACGUUCAUCGUCUGCCUUCGCCACAAUUCGAUACAGAUUUGGUGGCCGUCAAUACGGGGGAUCAUAUAAUAUUGAAGUCACCAAAAGACGAUGAAAUGUGGAUCAACACUGCGGAUCCGCGACAGCUGAUAUAUUUGGCGCCCCAGAGCAAUCAGCGAUUCUACAAGCGACAAAAGCCUCAGGUUAUAACUAUGACACCGACUACGUUAGUCGUGGAUAGCAUUUCCAAUCAUGUAUUGAAGUUGGCCACUGCGCAUCAAGAUUUGAUUACGAACGCGAUGAAUAUGGCCGAAUCAACUGGUGGCUCACGCCAGUUGCCAGUGUCCGUGUAGAGAACACCUACAAAUGGGGAUUGGCAACCAAACACAAGAAAACAUUAAAAAAAAAAAAAAACAAGCCACGCUAAAUUCCUCAUCGUUUUAUUUCAGAUUGGGAUCGAAAAUUGAAUAGUUUUUUAGUUAACUUUUUAAUGAAUCCUUUAACGCCUACCAAAAUUUGUCUGUAGCAUCCUACCAACUAUUACUAAAUAUAACUAAAUGUAUAAAACCACA